GUGCUAUGUGAUGGCUAUGUGCUUUCCCACAAUCGUGCGGUUCUAUUUCGUGCUAUGUGCACAAGUCCAAGUGUCGAGCAGUGAUGAAAAAUUUGACCGGCCAGCACCAAGAGCACGAGGUGGUGAGAGCCACUGAGGGCACGCACACCAGCGAACCGUCCGUGUGCGUGACGGCGGUUCUCGCUUGUGUGCAUCUCCCAGUGGCUCCCACUCUUGAUGCUGGCCGGUCAAAUCUUUCAUCACUGGUGUCGAGCAGUGUUCACAGUUUUGGCUCUUUUACAGCAUUCUAAAGCGAAACAGGUGCAAGAUCGUCUCAACCAAUGAGCAUCUGAUGUCGCUUUAUAAAUUUUCUCCUAUGGGCAAGCUAUGCCAUUUUGUGUGCAACGGCCCUAAGUUAUCACAUUCUUCCGUGUGGUCGGUAUCUUAGCGCGCAGGGAGCAUUAUUUUUUAGCAUAUGUAUCACUCUUGAAAGAAAGUUUAUACAAUUUCUCGCGAAUAACAGUCGGACAUAUUAGUGUGGAUUAUUCCAAAAGUCUACUAGAUAUAAAAAAAUCAAAUCAUGACUUCUCGCGCUUUUGACGUUAAUUUCAAUAUGGCUGCUAUGAGUAUUCGGGAGCUUUAAUUGACAGGUGUUUUAAUAAGAGAUUUCUUCGAAAGUAUUUAGUAAUAAGUGCAUAAUAGCAACAUGUCAGCGGUAUAUCCGACUUUACCAAAAUUGGCAGUGAGAGACAACAUCGCGGAUGAUGAUGAUCUCACCGAUAUUGACGACGAAGUGUUUAUCAGAGAUGGAAGAAACGGUGGAUUGAAAUUAGACGAUGAUGGCGGGGUCAAGCGGCCCCUUAUGGCACCUCGCAGAAAAUACAAAAAGUCUUGUAACUUUCAGACUCAUAGAGUCCCAUACAAAGCUCUUUUUGUGCCACUGUGUUAUGGGAUGAUAGCACUGAUUGUAAUAUUAGGUUUAAUUAUACUUUGUAUAUUUACCGUAAACAUAUUCCCGAUGCCGUUAACUAUAUUAAAAAAUUGGCUGUCACACGAGUUAAAAGACUCUGUUAAUACGUCGCAAGUUAUCCCAUGUACUUCGCUCUCAUCAAAAGUUUUGUGGACCAGAUCAUUGCCGAAAUUAACUUCGGAGGCACCUCUUAGAAGCAAUGACGUCAACUUGGAUGGAAUUGAAGAUAUCAUUGUGGGUUUUAGUACACUGUGGGAUUUAGGUCUGGAUACAAUUGAUGCUCCAGAAUAUAUCUGUACUCGAUAUUUCGAGAAGCAAACGCCGUGUCUAGGUGGUGUGUUAGCACUGAAUGGUAAAACAGGUGAACCUAUUUGGACGCACUGGACUGCCCAUGCUAUAUUUUCUGUUGACUGUAGUGUAGAAAUAACAGUUGAUAACGUCAAAGAUUGUAUCAUAUCUGGACGAGGUGGAAUACUACAGGCUAUUAAUGGCCAUGAUGGUUCCAACAUUUGGGAAAUUCCACCUCAAGAUACACCCACAGAGCAGCAAAGAAUUUUGGAUGUUUACGAUGCGAGAUUCAUAGCCGAUAUAGAUGGAGACGGUAUUGCUGAUGUAAUAGCGUCACAUACUACGCAAUCGUGGUAUGGUGUCCAAGCAAGCAAUGUGCUCAUAGUCUCAGGAAGAAGUGGGAAAAUUAUACGCAAUAUCAAUUUACCAGAUACAGAACAGCUGUUCAUAGCACCACAAAUUAUGGCGCAUCCUGAUGAAUCAAACAUAUUUGUUCUGGCUACGAGCAGUCAGCAAGGGGGCGGAGGAUUGUAUAUAAUGUCCCAAGCUAACAUAUUUUAUGGUGAUGUGCAAUUACGAAAGCUCCAUCACAAUACAGGAAAGGGUGUAUUAGUGCCGCCAAUUUUGAUCGAUAUUACUUCAGAUGGAAUAGAGGACAUUGUCGCGGCUAUGUUCAAUUCUACAAUUAUAGCGUACAAUGGAUCGACGUUCGAACCUAUCUGGAAUUAUACCGUUCCCAAUUCUGAAGUAAUCAGCAUUCCUAUCCCCGGUUAUUACAAUGAUGACGAAAUACCGGAUUUCAUGGUUAAGCAUCAGAUAGGCGUUGACUUUCUCACGUAUUAUUAUACCGUAGCUACAAUCAUAGACGGUCGUAAUGGACAACCCUUGCUUGAGAAAGAGAUAGUGGAUAGUUUGAGCGGACAAAUGUCUGGAUUGUCGAUCACCGUUGAUGGGUUUGGUAACGACUGGUUUCUGCAUUGGUCCGCCGACUGUUUGAACUACGAGGGGGUCAAAGAACAAUAUCAGUUCAUGAAAGAUCAAAGUCUCGUGUCGUGGCGCACUGAUCUCUGCCGAUUGAGAUUCAAUUCGACGCUUGCUACAAAACUUCUGGCACUCAGCCAACACGUUGGCCCACCUGGAAUGUCGUUGUAUUUCUCGGAAGAAUGGAAGUCGGUGGAAUUCAACAAUUCGAUUGAUCCGCGAAAAGAUGCGGAUAAAUAUUUAGACACUCAUCCGCGGAUCACGGAUACGGCUUACGGAGAUCAGCCUCUCGUCUCCGAAAGAUCUCCGAAAGUUCACAAAAAUCAUCAGAAAGACAAUAGUAUCUUCAAGCAUAAAAAUAACAAUUUACUUGCGGAAAUUGGUAAAUACGAUCCUGACAUGGUGUACGAAAAUGUGGAUGAAUUUAAGACUCAUAAAAAACACAAUCCUGUUGUCGGUCAGGAUGAGGACGAUGUAGAGAAUGUAAACGUAGAUCGAGCGUGGAAGCACGAUAGCAAUAAAUGGUUAGGAGAUACAUCUGUACAGUCAGACAAAGAGUACGACGGUAUUUAUAGAGACGAUGACGGCAACAACGAAGACAGCGAACAGAAUUUGGAUUACUCGCAGGCCGAGGUGCGAGAGCAGAGGAGUGUUGGCGGAAUUGAAGAUUCGUACCCGACAAAUAUUUCCCGUCACGAACAUGUUACCGAAGAAAUUAGUACCCACUUAACUGCAUCUUCUAAUUGGACACGACACAAUUCUCAAUUAAAUAACGACGAUAUUAAUAUAGAAAAGAUGAGAGGAAUGGAAGACAUUAACGGCACAUUGAAUAGCACAAUGGACGAAACUGAUAUGACGAACGUAUCAACGGCAUCAACUCUUCAAGAAGAAGUUUCAUCGACUAUGUCAAAUAAUAACUCAAAUAUAGAAGAAAUUGUCGCGAUGCAAAAUACAUCCUUAACCACAAAAGAAUCGGUCGAAGUAAAUAGUACGCAGUUUAAUCUUGAAAUGUUAGAAAACUCACUUGCCGAAGAGUCAAAUGUUACAAACAACCAGAUAAUUAAUAACAAUCAAGAUGUAACGUCUACUACUGACAGACUUGCAAAUGUUGCACAACGAAAACAAACUUACAAGCCUAAUUUCCCCAACAUUGCCGCGGAGGAUGACGCGAACGAUGACGCUAGUAUUGAAAAAGUAUUCAAACGGGAAUCGUUGAAAAAUCAAAAUAAAGACAGGCUCAACAGGAAGCAGUCGCUGAUAUUGUCGUCGAUAACGGAUAAAGAUUACAGGAUGCGAGAAAGGCGAAGAACGAAACGGAAAUCUGAAAUUAGCGGCAAACGAUCGAGCGAUGUCAAUGGUAUUCAGAGACAACCGCCAACUGGUAUCUUGCUACCGUCUAUCGUUGAAUCUAAGGGAAGAAAUUCAAUAGAUUUGGUAUUUUCUACAUUUUGGCUACCGCCGUCCGAGGUAUCUCUGAUUUUGUCUCAAGCGGAUCUGGAGUGCAUUCACAGAAAAAAGGCAUUGUCCGAGAAUAAGUUUCCGUACAAAACCGACGACGACAUUAUCGCCGAGUGCUUGUCCAAGCGAGGUGUCAAUUAUAGAUUGUAUCAGGAGUCGAAAGAUAGGGAAAAUGUCAAAAUUGCGUUCGGCCAGAUGACAAUAUACAGAAUGAAAUUGGAAUGCGUAUGUCCGGAAGACAUGUUACCCAAUCAAACUUGCCGGAACAUUUCGUCACAACAGAGCUGGCCCCAACAUCUGGGAUCUUACGGGAACGGUUAUUUCAAACCACUACGUAAAUCAAAAGAAUCAAAGGAGGAGAAUCUCUCUUAAUGGAACUUACAAUUUGAUUUUAUCGAGAAACUUCUCUCACAUUGUAACGCUUUAAUAGUCGUUAAUACCUGAUGGGUCAAAGAGAGAAAUAUAUUAUCGAGAACAUUAGCUUUUAUGCACUGUUUAUAAAAGUAUACAAUAACAAAACGUAAACGUAAUCAAUUGUUAUACAAUAAUUAUAUACAGGGUGUCCCAGAAUUGCCGUACAAUCUCUCGUAGGCAGAUAGGAGUAAAACUGAG